CGACGGCGGGAGAAGGACGCGUGAGGCUCGGCUCCCCCGAUGGCGGUGUGGACGCGGGCGUGCAAGGCCGGCCUGGUGGAGGUGCUGCUCCGCGAGCGCUGCUGGGUGCGGGCGCUGGCCGAGCUGAGCGGCGAGGCCUUGAUCCUCAGCUCGGAGCCGGAGCCUCCGCUGAACGGCCUCCCGAACGGCUCCGAGUGGGGCAGCCCCGGAGUUGGGCGGCGCAGCGAGGCCGGGUCCAGCCCUCCGGAGCUGCGAGGGGCCGCCUCGGCUUCUCCGCCCUCCUCGCCGGGCUCCCCGCCGCUCCUGCCUUCUCCGCCGCCGGGGGUGCGCCGCGUGCGGGUGGUCAAGGCCGAGGCCGGCGGGCUGGGCAUCAGCAUCAAGGGCGGGCGCGAGAACCGCAUGCCCGUGCUCAUCUCGCGCAUCUUCCCCGGGCUGGCGGCCGAGCGGAGCGGAGCCCUGCGCCUCGGGGACGCCAUCCUCUCCGUCAACGGCGUCGACCUCCGGGAGGCCACCCACGACCAGGCCGUGCAGGCCCUCAAGCGCGCCGGGAGGGAGGUCCUCCUCGAAGUGAAGUACAUGCGGGAGGCCACCCCAUACAUCAAGAAGCCCUCAAUCGUAUCGGACCUGCCCUGGGAUGGAGCCCCUCCGCAGUCGCCCAGCCUCAGUGGCAGUGAAGACUCUGGCUCCCCAAAGCACAGCCCUGCCAAGGACCGCAAGGUGAUCCCCUUGAAGAUGUGCUAUGCCACGCGAAACCUGAGCAUGCCGGACAUGGAGAACAGGCUGAUCGAGCUGCACUCCCCAGAUGGCCGCAACACCCUGAUUAUGCGGUGCAAGGAUCCGGCCACAGCACAGGCCUGGUUCACGGCCAUUCAGGCCAACCUGACGGCCCUCCUGCCACAGGUCCUGGCAGAGCUCAAUGCCAUGCUGGCGGCCAGCAACAGCCCCGGGAGCAGCAAGGAGGUCAAGCACAUCGCCUGGCUGGCCAAACAGGCCCGACUGGAUGGGGGCCGGCAGCAGUGGCGGCCAGUCAUCCUGGCCGUGACGGAGAAGGACUUGCUGCUUUACGACAGCAUGCCCUGGACGAGGGACGCCUGGGCCUCCCCCUGCCACAGUUACCCCCUCAUCGCCACCAGGCUGGUCCAUUCUGGCUCUCGGUCGCCCUGCCUGGGCGCGGAGCUGACCUUUGCUACGCGGACGGGCUCCCGGCAGGGUAUCGAGAUGCACGUCUUCCGCGUGGAGACCCACCGGGACCUCUCCUCCUGGACCCGCAUCCUGGUGCAAGGCUGCCACACAGCUGCAGAACUCAUCAAGGAGGUGUCCUUAGGCUGCGUCUGGAACAACCAGGAGGUCCGCCUCAGGGUCCACUACGAGAAUGGCUUCACCAUUUCCAAGGAGGAGGCGGGGGGCUCCAGCAUCCUCUUCCGGUAUCCCUUUGAGAAGCUGCGCAUGUCUGCAGACGAUGGCCUCAGGAACCUCUACCUGGAUUUCGGGGGACCGGAGGGAGAACUGGCGCUGGAGCUCCAUUCCUGCCCGAAGCCCAUUGUCUUUGUGAUGCACACGUUCCUUUCGGCCAAAGUGACCCGCAUGGGCCUCCUGGUGUAGCGGGCGAUGUUGACAGCAGCACCAGCCACAAAGCGGCACCGACUCCUGCCUUUGCCGAUCCCUCCUCCAUCCUUCCUUCCUUCUUCCCUCCCUCCCUCCCUUUGACGCCUCAGUGCCUUAGUGGGGUCCCCCGAGGGGCUUGCGGCAGAAGAAGGGCUUCGGGGGAAGGACUGCCUUCCCAAAAGAGAAGCAAUGGACAUGGGAAGGGAAGGGAAAGGAAGGGACAGAUGCCCUCGCCAUCCGAUUAUUCGCUGGGAGCCGGGCCUUGAGGGCAGGCCCUUGGUCAGCUCCCAUCUUCGGGUCUCAAGAAGCCAUGUUUCCCGUAUCACUCACCAAAAGUGCCUUUGGGGCCGGAAGGAGGGCUGCAGAACAAAGGGCCAGUGCUGUGCCAGGUGUACAGUGGGGCUCACUUUCUUGCAGGGACCUCGAAAAAAGGGUAAAAGCAGCCUCUCUCCUGGUUUAUUGAUCUGGGUCUGUUUAGCCUCCAAAAGAGAAGGUUGAGAGGAGACAUGAGAGAUAUGUAUAAAUAGGUGAAAGGAUGUCAUAAGGAAGAGGGAGCAGGCUUGUUUUCCGCUCUUUCACUGGAGACUAGGAUCUAGAGCAAUGUGUUCAAACGACAGGAAAGGAGAUUCCAUCUAAACAUUAGGAAGAACUUCCUGACUGUAAGAAGAGCUGUUCAGCAGUGGAAUUCACUGCCUCGGAGUGUGGAGGCUCCUUCCUUGGAAGCUUUUAAACAGAGGCUGUGUGGCCAUCUGUCAGGAGUGCUUAGAUUGUGCUUUUCCUGCAUGGCAAGGGGUGGGACUAGAUGGCCCAUGCGGUCUCUACCAACUUGAUGAUCCCAGGGUCAGGAGGACCAAAAUGGUGGCAAGGGCUAUUUUUGAGAUCCAAAAGAGAAGGCAGAGCCUCGGAAGGAAGAAAAGCAAGGUCUUACUCCAGCGACCAAAGGGAGACAUCCUGAGUCUCAGCCUCUGUUUUGCAUAGUUUCCUUUGCAUGUUCCUUGUGCCUAUUGCUUUUGAGCCUCAAACCUUGUUGCAGGAAGCCUUGGAUGGUGGCCCUCUUUUGGGUUUUGUCUGGAUUCAGGAAGUAGCACUUGCAUGUACUUGGGGAGCUUUAUGCUGUUCUAUGUGAGAAGGACUAGGAAGUCCUCUUUUUUUGCAAAUCAGUCCCGUCCUAAAGUGAUAUUCUCGGACACAGAGAUCCUCGGCUGUGUCCUUGU